GUAGACGAAGAAGAAAAAUAAGAAGAAGACGAAGACGAAGACGAGGGCAAUCAUCUCACGAGAUUUCAGAUUGUGUUGAUCUCGUUUUAUCUCAGAGCGUCACUAGCAUCAAUAUCAGGCAAUAUCAUCGAUAUCUUCAAUAGCAGUUACUUGCCUGUUGGAAGCAAUGAGUGACAAUACUGCCAGCUCAACCACCGCCAAUGACCUUGACCUCAUCUAUCUGAAGGGCAUUAUGGAGAGUCCUCUGGAGGAAGAGGAGAACAUGGAGCAUGUGCAUUUGUCCCCAGUGAGGAAGAACAAUGUAGAACUUCUCCAGGAAAUUCUCAGUGAUCUUGACCCUUUCACGCACUCCUCUGAUGCUGCUGCUGAGCUGUGCCACCUACUCACACAACCACAUUUUCAGUCUUUACUAGAGACUCAUGAUUCAGUUGCGUCCAACGGGAAUGGAAGCCCUCCUCCCAGCCCAUGUGACUUCAUGACUCAUGACCACAAAGAUCAAGAUGGACACCUCCACAAAUUCCAGCCGCCGCCUGAUGCAGUGCGCAUGGUGGGCAUCCGCAAAGUGGCAGGAGAACAUCUGGGUGUGACAUUCAAGGUGGAGGGGGGUGAGCUGGUGAUAGCGCGUAUCCUUCAUGGAGGGAUGAUAGACCAGCAAGGAUUGCUGCGUAUCGGAGAUAUCAUCAAGGAGGUGAAUGGGCGAGAUGUAGGACAGGAUCCAAGGGUUCUGCAGGAGGAGCUCCAAGCAGCCAGUGGAAGUGUGGUUCUGAAGAUCCUCCCCAGCUACCAUGAAACUAACCCCCCAAGACAGAUGUUCUUUAAGUGCCACUACUACUACGAUCCAACCACGGAUAAUCUGAUUCCCUGCAAGGAGGCUGGAUUGAGCUUCAGGGCAGGAGACAUCUUACACAUCGUCAACCAGGACGAUGUCAACUGGUGGCAGGCACGUCAUGUGGAGGGCGGGCCUGCAGGAUUGAUUCCCAGUCAAAUGUUGGAGGAGAAGAGAAAAGCGUUUGUCAAGAGAGACGUGGAACUCAUUCCUGCAGGAAAUUUGUGCACAGGUGUCGGCGUGAAAAGGAAGAAAAAAAUGAUGUACGUGACCACAAAAAACGCAGACUUUGACAGACAUGAGAUCCUGCUGUAUGAGGAGGUGGCCAAGGUGCCCCCCUUCAAGCGCAAAACUCUCAUUCUGGUCGGUGCCCAAGGUGUAGGAAGACGACGUCUGAAGAACAUGCUUCUCCUGAGGGAUCCGCAUCUGUUUGGAACCACCAUUCCAUAUACCUCCAGAAAGCCCAAAAAAGGAGAGCGUGAGAGUCGGACGUAUGCGUUUACAAGCCGCAGCAAGAUGGAUGCUGACAUCAAGAACGGUUGCUAUUUGGAGUACGGAGAAUGUGACGGCAGUUUGUACGGAAUCAAGAUGGACUCCAUACACGAGGUGGUGGAGGCAGGACGAGUUUGCAUUCUGGAUGCACACCCUCAGUCCCUCAAAGUGCUGAGGACAUCAGAGUUUUUGCCCUUCGUGGUGUUCCUUCAGUCUCCAGACUUGGAGGCCCUGAAGGCAAAGCAUCAGUCCAGUGUGGAGGCAGAUGUUUCCUCUAAAGUCCUCUCAGAUGAGGAGUUGCAGAGAACGUGUGAGGAAAGUUCUAGAAUCCAAGCGGCUUAUGGUCAUUACUUUGACUUCAGCAUCCAAAACAACAACCUGGAUGAAACCUACUGUCAAGUCAAAGCUGCCCUGGAAAUGGUCUCGAAAACCCACCAGUGGGUUCCUGUCACCUGGGUGUUCUAGAGGAACCAGGUGGAAAAUGAAGGAUGGCUUCUUCUGCUGGUUGGCUUGCAUUUCCUACAGCAUGCUUUUCUGCUGUGGUGACGAAAGUCUCCACGUGCAGAACAGCGAACGUGGAUCCAAACCAGAGUGCCAAACCACGAGUGUGAACACGAAAGCACACACUGAAAGCGUUUCAUUCAUUUCUAUUUGAUGCGUUGAAUGAAGAUGAGUUUGGAAAAGGGCAGUAAGUAUUUUUUACCAUUUAUUGGUUGGCUUUGAUUUUAGAAGAAAACAAGGAAAGAAUUCACUUCAUUGCAAGAAAAACCUGCUGUCUUUCUGUCAUUAAUUUGUGAAUGAAUGAAUUGUUAUGAUUUUAUGAUGUAUUUUUUAUAAGAACUGUUAUUUAUUGUGUGAUUGUGUUGCAUUGGCCAAUUAAAGCAUCCCAAUUGUUAAA